GGCUGCCGUGGAUGUUGGUGAUGCUGCUGCUGUGGUCGGGACUGGCUCUGGGCGCGCUCUCUUUGGGCAGCAGUCAGCACAGGGUCUUCCACGACCUCCUGUCGGAGCAGCAGUUGCUGGAGGUGGAGGACUUGUCCCUGUCCCUGCUGCAGGGUGGAGGGCUGGGGCCGCUGUCUCUGCCCCCGGACCUGCCAGAACUGGAUCCCGAGUGCCGGGAGCGCCUGCUGGACUUCGCCAACAGCAGUGCGGAGCUGACAGGGUGUCUGGUGCGCAGCGCCCGGCCCGUGCGCCUCUGUCAGACCUGCCACCUCCUCUUCCAACAGGUCGUCGUCAAGAUGGACAACAUCAGCCGAGCCGUGGGGAAUACUUCAGAGAGUCAGAGUUGUGCCAGAAGUCUCUUAAUGGCAGAUAGAAUGCAAAUAGUUUUGGUUCUCUCUGAGUUUUUUAAUAAUACAUGGAAGGAGGCAAAUUGUGCAAAUUGCUUAUCGAACAGCAGCGAAGAAUUAUCAAACAGCACAGUGUAUUUCCUCAGUCUGUUUAAUCAAACCUUGACCUGCUUCGAGCAUAACAUUCAGGGGCACGCAAACAGCCUUCUACAGCCAAAAAACUAUUCAGAAGUAUGCAGAAACUGUCAGGAAGCAUACAAAGCUCUGAGUAGUCUGUAUAGUGAAAUGCAAAAAACGAAUGAACAUGAAAAUAAGGCUGAACCUGGAACACAUUUGUGCAUUGAUGUGGAAGAUGCAAUGAACAUUACUCGAAAACUUUGGAGUCGAACUUUCAACUGUUCCGUCCCUUGCAGUGACACAGUGCCUGUAAUUGCUGUUUCUGUGUUCAUUCUCUUUCUGCCUGUUGUCUUCUACCUUAGUAGCUUUCUUCACUCAGAGCAAAAGAAGCGUAAAGUUAUUCUACCCAAACGUCUCAAGUCCAGUACCAGUUUUGCGAACAUUCAAGAAAAUUCAAACUGAAAUCUACCAAAUGGAGAAUUGACGUCGUACUAUGUGGUCAAUGGUGGGAGACACAGCUUGGUCAUAGAGAAGAGAAGCUGGGAUUUGACAAGUCAAGCGCUUAAGAAAUGCAAGGACUUCGGAUUUAUUUUUAAAUAAGAAUUUCCAAUUUUUCUUUCCUUUUCCACCUCUUUUUUAAGAAUUUGGGUAUUUUUAAUUUCCAGGCAUAGCAACAUUGUCUGUUUUAAAGUAUAUUUGUUACAAGCAGAAUAUGCAAGAACAAUCUUUGUUUUAUUUUAUAGGCAUGUUAUUACUAUUUGAGACUUCUGGUAUCUCCUUAUUAUUAACAUAAGUAUCUCAAGUAGAAAAGCUUUUCAGAGCUCCCAUUUAAAAAUUAAUCAAUUACAGCAAGGACUUUGAAAAAAGAAAUAUACUUACCAAAAGGUAGCAGGUCCAAAGAUUAAUGUAAAUCCGUACCCACUGCAGUAUUAGUGUUACAUAUAUAUUUAAUAUGUCUUACAUUAUAAUAAUAUAUCAUUCAAUUUCUGGUAUUCCUAAGGUCAUUUUGAAACCACUAGUUAUAAACCUCCCUAACAAUUUUUAGAAGUGGUCAGCCACAUAGCGUUUAUCUUUGUAAAAAAAAAAAAAA